GAGACUUACCUAACGGACUUUAGAAAUAUGGAGGUCAGUAAGAAGCUCCUGAACUCUGUUUCUGGCUGUGUUGAUGAUGUUCUGCAUGGUCUGGCAAGUUGCAAUCCUGACCUGAGGGUCAUAGAAGGUCACCGUGUCAUACUACGAGCGGACCUCAGUCAUGUAAAGGGACGUGUAGCACUUCUGUCUGGAGGAGGCUCUGGACAUGAACCAGCACAUGCAGGAUACGUUGGUCAGGGAAUGCUCACUGGAGUUAUUGCUGGUCCCGUAUUCACAUCACCGCCAGUUGGAAGCAUUGUAGCUGCAGUCAGAACGGUGGCCCUUGCUGGAGCAGCCGGUGUGCUGCUCCUGGUGAAGAAUUACACAGGUGAUCGCCUAAACUUUGGCUUGGCUCUAGAACGCGCACGUGGGGAAGGUAUCGAAGUGGAGAUGGUAGUGAUCGCAGAUGACUGCGCUUUCAUCUCACCGAGCAAAGCCGGAAGGCGUGGCCUGUGUGGAAUUGUCUUGAUUCAUAAGAUAGCUGGAGCUCUAGCAGAAGAAGGAAAAAGUUUACACGAAAUCGCUUCAUUUGUCAGACAAGCUGCAACUGGAAUUGGUACACUGGGUGUCAGUCUAUCUCCAUGCAGUGUGCCAGGUUCAGGACCUACAUUUCAGCUUGCAUCUGAUGAGUUUGAAUUGGGCUUAGGUAUACAUGGCGAGGCCGGGGUACAAAGAUACAAGAUGAUGUCUUGUGAUGAGGUUGUAAAGAUUAUGAUAGAUCACAUGACCAAUGAAACCAGCAAAUCAAGAGUGGUUUUGCAGCCAGGUGACUCGGUUAUCAUAAUUGUAAAUAAUUUGGGAGGCUUAUCCUGUCUGGAGUUGCAGAUUGUAGCCAGUACAGUUGUGCGUCUACUGGAAAGUCAGGGACUGCGGAUACAACGGGCAAUCACUGGAUCUUUCAUGACUGCCCUUGAAAUGAGUGGCGUCUCUCUCACCAUCAUGAAGACGACAGCAGAGCUUGUGCGACUCUUUGAUAAAGUUACAUCUGCUCCUGCAUGGCCUCGUAUCCCAUGUGUUCAAGUGACAGGUCAGACCCGGACUAUUCAGUGUGCUCCUGAAAAUACUCAGCCUGAAAGAGCAGAGCCUGGUGCCAUGUAUGUGCAGGUCUACCAGCGUGUGCUGAAACGUGUGUGCAGCUCCCUACUGGCUCUGAAGGAUGAGCUGAAUGAUUUAGACCGUGCUGCUGGGGAUGGCGAUUGCGGGAACACACAUGCGCGGGCAGCGCACGCCAUCAGUGAGUGGAUAAGCAGCGGGAAUCUGCCCUCCCAGCCAUCACGCUUCCUUGCUGCAUUGUCAAACGUAUUGUUGGAGAAGAUGGGGGGCACUUCUGGUGCGCUGUAUAGUCUAUUCCUGAUGGCAGCAGCUAGGCCCUUGGAGAAUGAAUCUGGAGCAGGUGCCUGGGCAGCUGCAAUGGAUGCUGGGAUUGAGGCCAUGAAGAGAUAUGGUGGAGCAGAGGUUGGAGACAGGACAAUGCUGGACUCUCUGUGUGCUGCGAACAAUGUCCUCAAAUCACUCAAAGACCCUGGCUCUGAUGUAAUGGAGAUCCUCGACAGUGCAGUGAAGAGGGCCUCUGAUGCUGCAGAAGACACAAAACACAUGACAGCUGGAGCAGGCAGGGCCAGUUACAUCGGAUCUUCCACUCUCACCCGGCCGGAUCCUGGAGCCAAAGCUGCUGCCGCCAUCUUGAAGGCUAUAUGGGAGGGGUUAAAGGAAAAUGCUUAAAAUAUGGCUUGAUUGACAUAUUGCAGUUUGCCUU